AUGGUUGGUCCAGCAUCACUAAGAACAAAAAAGGCCUUACUGACACGAUACUGCAAUAAUUUGUCUCGGGUAAUCGAGAGAAUCGAUUCUGCUCACACCGCCGCGCAAGCUAGUAGCGAUGACGCAACAUCUCCUCCACGCAUCAAAGCAUCGCUGUUUGAACUCGACGCCACGGCAAAGCUAGCGGCAGAUGCCUUGAAUGCUUUCACGGCAGCGCUGGACGAGAUCGAUGAACUACCCGAAGAACAAGACAAGCAGGCGAACGACUACAUUGACUCAUCGCUUUCGUUGAUUGAGCGCGCUCGUCUGAUGGCGAUUGAACUCGACGCAAAAAACAUUGGGGACCGGGAGGAAAAUGACGAGAGAGGAUGGACAGAGAUGAUGAGACCAAAACUUCCGCCAAUACCCAUACCCAUAUUUACGGGAAAGCUUCAGGAAUACACCAACUUUUGGACACUUUUCGAAUCCAACGUCGACAGACAACCACUCACCAAUCUACAGAAGUUUAACUAUUUAUUAACCGCUUUGCGAGGGGAACCCCGAGAACUGAUUAAACGAUAUCCAAUAACCGAAGCCAACUAUACGCACGCCAUUCAACUUUUGAGGGACAAGUAUGGGGACGAAUCUAAGCUCAUCGCGGACUUACAAUCGCGCCUUGAAAUGACGAAGGCAGACAACAAAUCUAUCUACGCUCAACGUCGCCUUCUCGAACAAAUUCUUCCCAUAGUAACUCAGUUGGAAGAGUUGGGAAUAACACUGAAUGGCUCGUAUCCUACAAAGAAGCUUCUCUCCAAGUUUUCUUACACAUUGCAGCGUCAAGUUCUGGAACGCUGCCUCUUGCAAAAUAAGAAAGAAACCGAUUGGAUUAUGCGGGAUGUGCUCUCUGAGCUGGACGAUCUGAUAACCACACAAGAACAGAUCAGUGAAAUGAUCGAUAGCAUUCCCAACAAGUGUGAUGAUCGCAGCAGAGAUUCUCAUAACAACAACAGAUCGAAGAAAUUCCUCAUGAAGAAUGCGACAACAAAGCCUGACCCGAAUGCAUGUAUGUUUUGCGGAUCAACGCAACACAAAUCAGCUGAUUGCACAAGGAUUCCAAGCAUCCACCAGCGACGUACCUAUAUGCAACAACAUAGGAGAUGCCUCAACUGUGGGAAAGAAGGCCACUUUGUGAAAGACUGCACAAGUAAAGGAUGCAGGUAUUGCACGGGGAUGAAGCAUCAUCAUACCCUCUGCCCCCAGAGGCACAACUUGGGAGAGAGCACAGACCAAACCCCACCAAGGGCAAGGACAAACACUAAUACUCCACAGAACAGACCGCCGGUACCCAAUGUACCUCGGAAUACGAAACGACAUGUGAAAACUGCGGUAGCGACGGCACAACCAGUGCAGACUACCGACAGCAGCGCGACCUACCCGGACAUAACGGAUACUGCGCAGCACUCACCGCAAGAUACAUCUAUCCUUCAGAAUAGUACGGUAGACGCCCUGGACAAUAAGGUAUUGUUACUGACAGGAGUAGCGCGGGUACGGGAUGAAGCGCGUGAUGACUGGAAAGAAGUGGAGAUCCUCUUCGACACAGGAGCCGACCAGUCAUUCAUAAGCUCUGCUCUCGCAGAAGAAUUGAACCUGAAAUGUACAAAAGAGAAGGAGCUCACUAUGUACACUUUCGGUUCUACUGACCCUAAACCGACCAAGUGUAGGCACACAACGUUGGACCUGUGGGAUAAUCAGGGACAAAAACAUCCCGUACGGCUAUGUACCACACCGGUACUCACAAGUAAAGGACAAACGACCCAACUCGACCACGCGGACCUAGAGUUUGUGGCACAACACAACAUCCACCUGUCCAAACCUACGUCCAAUUCCACAUCCAUACCACAGAUAUUACUCGGAUGUGAUCAGUUGUGGGGUUUAUUGGAUGCUCCCCUUCCACGCUUUAAACUCCCAUCGGGCCUGCUCCUCAUUCCCUCAAAACUCGGAUAUUUGCUGACCGGAAAGCAGCACACCUUCCACGGAAUAGAAGGACAACAGAAUGAGGUCAAUAUCAGCAUGAUCACCAUGGUACAGGCCUUCACAGAAUCUGAAGAUGAGAUGAGCCGAUGGGACAGAUACUGGACAAUGGACUCAGCCGGUAUAUGCGAGUUCACGGGAACUAAAAACGAAGAAAAAACCGCAGUUAAUGAACAAGUGGUUAUGUUCUUCAAUAACACAAUCGAACGCCGUCCUGAUGGGCAAAUAGCUCUGAAACGGUUACAAGGAGUAAUACGGACGCUGAAAUCGAGUCCACAGUUAUUACAAGAUUACGAAAACACAUUCCACACCCAGCUGGAAAAGGGAAUUAUUGAACAAAUUCCAAACAACCAACCAGGUAUCGGACCUAUCGUACACUACAUUCCACACCAACCGGUGGUCACGCCCCACAAAGAAACGACAAAAUUACGAAUUGUGUUUGAUGCAUCCUCACACUACAAGGAAUGCCCUUCACUAAAUGACAUACUACACCAAGGACCAUUGGUAUUACCGGAUCUUUACGCGAUGCUGCUACGUUUUCGAAUGUUACCUUAUGUAGCAAUAUCGGACGUGGAGAAAGCCUUCUUACAGGUACACCUCAAUGAAAUGGAUAGGGACGCCACGAGAUUUAUCUGGGUACGCGACGUGGACCUACCAGUCACUGAAGACAACAUCGUCACAUACCGUUUCACCCGGGUCACAUUUGGCCUGAACGUAUCGCCAUUCCUCUUGGCUGGUACAGUAACCUACCACUUACAUCAUGUCGUUGAAAACAAAGAAUUGGCGAAGGAAAUCAAGGACAACUUAUACGUGGAUAACCUGAUCCUAGCCGCACGUACCCCUGAAGAUCUGGCCAAAAAAGUCGUAGAUUCACGCGAGAUUUUCCAGGAUAUGGGGAUGAACCUGAGAGAGUUUUUGGCCAAUGACGUUAAUCUCAAGGACUUCAUCUCUCAAGAGGCUUGCGCGAAAGCAGCGGUGCAGAAAGUGCUAGGGAUAGAAUGGAAUGCAACAGGAGACUACCUCUCCAUGUGCUGUACUUUACCAUUCAUAGGCCAAGUCACAAAAAGGAUUGUAGCGCGACAAAUAGCGGCCGUAUACGACCCAUUGGGGUGGAUGGUCCCACUGCUGACGCAGGCAAAGCAUUUCCAACAAACCUUGUGGAAACACAAGUUCGAAUGGGACAAUAUUCUUCCAGCAUCCCUCCAGGAGCAGUGGCAAAAAAUCACACAAAACAUCAACGGGUUUGCCCGUACCUUUCCACGACGAUUUUUCACACAACCUCAAGACAAGGACACUUGCAUCGCAGUGUUCGCUGACGCCAGUGACAUCGCCAUGUCCACAUGUGCGUACCUAUUCGAUGGAAAGCACUCCGCGCUGGUAAUGGCUAAAUGCAAAUUGCCAUCGAUAAAAACGACCACUACAAUGCCAAAGAUGGAGAUGAACGCAUUAACAAUGGCAGCUCGAUUGACAUGGUCAGUAUACCAAGCCAUGAAGGAGCCCUGGCCAAAUAUGUCCGCUUCUCCACCACAAAUUGUCAUCCUUUCGGAUUCCCAAAUUGCAUUGAGCUGGCUAACAACGUCAGAGGAAAAGGCCAGUCCAGGUGUCCUUAUUUCCAACCGAAUAAAGGAAAUACGCAAGAUCACCGCGGCCCUAAACGACGAAGGUCUUACAGUACGUUUCGCAUAUGUAAACACAAAAGACAAUCCUGCUGAUGCGGGAACACGGGGGCUGAACCAGGAACAGUUACAGGACCAUCCCUGGUGGACGGGGCCAGAUUUUUUACGGACACCUAUCAACCACUGGCCCACGAUUUUUUAUCCAUAUGACUGGCAGGGUACUCACGAAACGGAAGAAUUGCAGCCUCCCACUGAAGCAGGUACAGUCUCGAUCACAAUGAACUCAGCAUCAACGAGACUUCUGCAAGAAUCCUGCAAUGACCUGAUCGACGCCAAACGCUUCAGCUCCUUCAAGAAAGCAAAGAGAGUGACAGCAUGGGCGCUGUUGUUUAUUAAAAAACUGAUGCGCUCACUACCACAACAGUCAGUGGACAGGAUAUUCCAGAAAAUACCAGAGCUACGGACCAUACAGGACACAACAAUACUUUUGGGGCAGCACAUCAAAGCGGCACGGAUUGCGCUACUCCGAAACCAUCAAUCUUCAUUUCUAUCACAUUACCAUAAAAAACUGCGGAAUGACACUUUGCGUCUAUAUCAAGACAAGGACCUUCUAUGGCGAUCACAAGGACGCCUCCAGAACUCGACAUUAGGAGCAGAUGCGAAAUCACCCAUUUUCGUGGCUCCGAAUACACCUCUGUCACAACUCCUCAUCAAGGACGCUCAUGGCGAUUACCAUCAAGGUGUGGAACAUACAAUCGCCACAAUUAGACAAACGUACUGGAUACCAAAAAUACGGCAACAAGUACGAAAACUAGUGAGCAAAUGCGUACAAUGCAGACGACUAAAUGCCCUUCCUUACCCAUAUCCAGACAUGACUGAUUUACCACAACAAAGGGUUAUGCGCAGCCGUCCGUUCCAGCAUAUCGGGCUCGAUUUCUUCGACUUACCCUCCACACACCUGGAAGCCGGUAAAACUCACGGCUAUGGUUGCAUUUUCACCUGCAUGGUUACCCGUUUGAUUCAUCUGGAAAUGGUAGACAGCAUGAGCACGGAAGAUUUCAUCAACGCCUUACGAAGAUUUGUGGCUAGAAGAGGUGUUCCUGACUCUAUCACAUGUGAUAAUGCCCCGUCUUUUCUGCUCGGAGCCAGCAUUUUAGCAGGUUCACCUCAAGGGGAAACCCUCAGCUCAAGUAUACAUAACGCCACAUCAAAUCAAGAGAUUCAGUGGAACCACAUCACUCCCUACGCACCAUGGCAGGGCGGUUUUUAUGAGCGCCUCAUCAAAUCCGUCAAACACGCUUUAUAUAAGUCACUACGAGGCACAAAUCACCGUUCCGGAGACCAUUUACGAACGAUCUUGACGGAAAUUGAAGCUUGUCUCAACUCAAGGCCGCUCACUUACCAAGGUGAUGGACAGGAAGACUUUUCUUCCAUUCGACCAAUCGACUUCCUCCAAAAGGAUUUGACACUAACCCUACCAACCACACACCUCACAGAUCCCAUGACAAACGAUCCCGACUACCAUACCCCAGACGAGAUUCGAGCCCUCCAAACUCGUCAAGAGGUCAUUGCUUCCUUACAAUCAUCAUGCGGUGCCACGGAACGAUUUUGGACUAUUUGGCAAAAACAUUACCUGACCUGCCUACGGGAAACGCACAGAAGGACAAUCUCAAGUAAACGACAGGGACGAGAGACUCCUACCAUAGGGGACGUGGUUUUAGUAAGCGAUCCAGUAAUUCCACGUAAUGAGUGGAAGCUAGCACGAAUUACCGAUACUCGAGCAGGACGGGAUGGGGAAAUUAGAGAAGUCGAGCUUCUCACGCCAGCGCGCAGAAAAAUACGACGACCUCCAAACCUUCUCAUCCCUCUGGAAAUACAGCCUGCUACAACUCCGUCCCACACCACACCAGGAGAUCACGCAGUAUCAGACGGGACAGACGAACAAAUACCCACUUCUCAUCCUUACAACCUGCGUCCGCGACGCGCAGUACAUUACGCUGAUGAGCAAGUGGUUACGACAACUCAAACUGCAACAGUCAGACGUUUCCCACCAAAAUGGUUCCUAUUCUACAUCAUGAUCAUCACAUUGUUCACAACUUCGUCUACUUUUGCCAACAGGGAUAUAAGCAUGACGUGUAGCAACGAAGGUGUGCUCGUUCAUACAUCUCGGAACGAUCCGUUUGAAAUCUGCGCGGACCACCAUUGUCAAAUGAUCACCCCAGUGACAAACCCCUUCCUUGUCAAAUUUCCACCAGAGGUAACACUUCAUGACUACCUAGUGUCACUUAAAUGGAAUACCGGAGAUCAACUGGCAACCAUGGAGACAAUGUGCCAUCGCCUCAAUUUCUGUCAACAACUCGAUUGUUGGAUAUGCUCAACGGUCGUCUUCAACCCCGAGUGUUGGCCAAUGGGUGCAAUAGUCAUCACAGCACUCCUCUUAUACGUUAUAGUAGCCAUACUAUAUGUACUCCUGUAUGUUCCCAUGACUAUGGGAAAACCGAUCCGUAUCAUUCUCAUCGUGCUGAGAAGGAUCCUCCUAAUUUUGGCAUCUGCACUCAUAAAGCUCUGCAUGACACUAUGCCGCAGGAUGAGACGACGACGGCCACAAUCGCACAGAGACCGUUUGCUAGCAGUUUUGGCAAUAACUCUUGCCGUAUCCACAUAUGCGAUCCAUGCGUGCCAACAAGUAAAUGUACUUGAACAUCGCUCCACUGUAUGUAACAACUACGACGGACACGAAAGUUGCUCGAUUUACCUGAACGAGCUUCUCAAAAUCAACACUUUCCAUCGUGAAGCCUGUCUACGACUCACUCGAAACGCAACCUUGAUCGCAAACGUCAAACUUCGUUGGAAAGGCCUCUACCUACACUGUGAACAGGAGUCGAGGAUCUUCACACGAGCAGUGGAGCUGCAAAGGAUUGACAGCAAACGCUGCCCGCACAUGGGCUCGUGUCAAGGUCAAAAAUGCGCCGCGAUCCACCAUUCAAGUCUGAUACCGGAACUUGAGGAAGGAAAUAAAUAUCCAGGUCGCACAGGCUGCAUGGAAUCGUGCGGCGGCCCAGGAUGCGACUGUUUCUUCUUAAGUUCCGGUUGUCUGUUCUACCGCGUAUACGCGGUGCCGAAGAACAGCAAAGUCUACGAAAUAUUCCGCUGUACCCGAUGGACUGAACAAGUAAAAUUGGAGGUGACAAUUGAGGACCUCAGCUCCUCUGAAGGAAAAAGGCGAUAUGUCCUCGCUAUAACUCCGAACGUGCCCACGGAAGUACCGUCAAUGACAGUUACGAUGACGGCGGUAACUCUACCUCCUCUACCCAAUCUCUCCAAAGAGUUUGUCACAGAUGGACGAGAUGUCGCGAUCUGGAAUAAUCCUUUUACACCGGACCUUCUCUGUGCUUCUUGGCGCCACGCUAGAGACAUGAACUGCACCCUCAAAGAUGAUUGCAGAUGUCACGCCGCGGAAAACAGUGUCAGCUGUGCAUGCCCUACAAAAGAUAUCCUGGCAUAUUUCAAGCAGCUCAACUUAGUUCUCCCAGUGAAAACAGCUUCCUGGGAGCUAUCGCGACGACUCAAUGAGACAGUCACAGCAAAAAUUUCACAAAUGGUAUCAGCGGACUUUGUUGUUCAGUUCAAGACGGUCAUCGAGACUGCGAAUCUCCUUGUCACCAACAAUGUGUGUAACAUCGCCAACAGCGAACUGGAGGGAUGCUACUACUGUGCGAAGGGAGCUACAGCCAAGGUCACCUGUAGAUCAUCAACUAACACGCUCGGAGAAGUCCUGUGUGGUCGCCAUGCCUUUGUGGUACCAUGCGCUCCCACUUCACCUGAGUCAAAUCUCUAUUUCCACUUGGAUUCCGCACGCCAACUUCUCAAUUGCUCGAUCAGAUGUGGAGAAACCGUGCAUUACUUCGUUCUAUCGGGUAUUCUACGGUACACGAGCAAUUUUCAUGCUGCAAUGACUGACUUUAUUCAAGGGAACACUACCGCUUACCAUGGUUUCCAGCUCCCAGACUUUCACCACAUACUGAACGUCUUCAUGGACUGGUACAAAGUACUGUUUGUCAGCAUUCUGGCAGUGAUUUUUGCCUUAUUGGUGUCCUACUUGUGCCUACAAUCUCUGGGAAUACGCCUCAUGACGCUCCUUUUGCGCGGCGCACUUACCCUGCAAGUUAUGGAAUUCAACUCGGCUCCUCCAUCGCCAAACCCUAUCCAUUGGGCAUCCACUUCAUGUCAGCUACGUAGCUUACAGCACGACUAUGAAGAGCUGCUACACGCUCUGCCGCAACUCCCCACCCCCAACAGCUCGUGGACCAGAUUGCGCGAACCGUGGAAACGCUUCACAGGACGAUGCGCUCCAUCCUUCACCUGGAUACUCAAAUAG